ACCCCAACCUCUCCACUUAAAUCACACUCGGGUGGACAACACAACAUGUCAAUCUACACGACGAUCGCAACCAGUAAGGAGCGUCACGCCGAACUCCAGGCCGCUCUUGCCGCCGUCGAGAGCAGCCCGGAAAGGCUCCAGUCGCACAAAUCCUACCUCUCGGAUCUCCGCCACGCGCUGGCCGAGACCAACCAGGAGCUCACACAGCUCCGGCAAAUCACCCAGGUCGAGCGCGCGCUGCACGAGAAGUAUCGCGACAGCACGGUGCGUCGCCUGCUCUACCGGGCGACAGGCAAGCGGACCGAUUUCGAGGCCAAGGCCGACCGGGAAAUGCGUGAUUACUACGCCGCGCUGGGGAAGGAGAGCCGUGCACAGGCGCAGCAGGAGAUGCUGGAGGCUCAGGUCGCGGAUGCGGCGGCGCAGGAGCACGAUCUCCAAGCCGCGUGCGAGGCGCGGGACCGACUGCAGGAGGAGCUCGACGCCAUCUAUCGCGAGAUCUUCGAGGGCCGCACGGAGGAUUUCCCGGAGGAGGAUGCGCAAGAAGAGGUCACUCAGCUGGCGCGGCGGGAGUAUGGGCAGCGGCGGCAGCGUUGGAGCGAUGUCCGCCAGGCGGCGCAGUGUCUGGCGAGAGCGCAGCUAACGAUCCGGGAGGCGCUAUUGAACCUGGUCGAGAGUCUGCGUCACUCGGAGAGGGACCUAUGGGGGUUUGGUGGGACCCUGGUCGAUGUGCGGCAGCAGAAUUGUCUGUCCCGCGCACAGCAGAAGGUCAGCCAGACGCAGAUGCUGGCGGCACAGGCGAGACGGCUGGACUCGAUGGUGCAGCCGCUACCAGCCAUGAGUCUGGUCCAACGGGACUGGGUCGGGGGAAUGCUCUUCGACACUUUCUUCUUUCACCUUGAUUUCCUGGAUCUGAUGCAACAAUCGGUCCUGGAGAUCAAGCGAGCGGAGGAGACCCUGGCCGCCGAAGUCCGGCGGAUCAAGUCUCGGGAGGCAGACAUGCAGGCGCAGGUGAAUGAGGCGCGAAUGACCUUCGAAGAUGCACAGCAAGAUCUUCGUCAAAUCCGAUACGAGGUAUUCAUGAAGACCGCCGACCCCCCGCCGCCCUACAUCGAACCACCGACAGUGGGACAUGUUUAGGGCUUUGGGUGGCCGGAGGGAUGAUACACCCUAAGACAGAAAAUUCUGUGUAAGUAACCUAGUAGAAAAAAUAUCUAAACGAACAACAAUCUGUAUAAUCGCCGUUCCUGCCAGGGUAGGUGCAAGACAAGGAGGCUCUUGGUGUGAUAUACAGUUCUUGGCUUGGAGCGAGAUUGCAGUCUUUCAUGCAACAAAGACCCCGGGGAUGUCUUUGUCUCUGCCCGCUUUGUUAACUGUGAGGACGAACAAUGAUCCGCCAGACUGAAUGCCAUUGUUGUAACAUUGAUGAAUCUUUGUGUACUUUCG